GUUCAAACCAUGUGGGACUAAGCAGGAGAAGCUGGGACUGACGGUGGUGGGGCGAUCUUCCCACGCUUUCCCACCACUCAUCAGACAGACGAUGAUAGUGCGACAUCCCAAUAUCAAGCGGCUGCAAAGAUAUCAUACGAGGCUUCCAGCACAUGGUCGGAGUCAUGCUCUAGGCAGCUGCUGUCUGACGGUUCGGGCGGAACCUCAUGUGGACGCGACGGUAGACAAUCUCGUGAUCGGUGCUGGUGUGGUAGGACUGGCCAUAGCUGCGCGUCUCAGUCGACAUGGCUCCACGUUAGUACUCGAACGCAACCCGGCAUUUGGAAUGGAGACGAGUUCACGGAACUCAGAGGUCAUUCAUGCUGGAAUAUAUUACCCACCGACCUCCUUGAAAACCCAGCUCUGCAUCCGCGGCAACCGUCUCCUCUAUUCCCUCUGCGCGCAACACAACAUCUCACAUAGACGGACCGGCAAAUGGAUCGUCGCCACCAACGUAGACCAGGCAGCUUAUCUGUACGACAUGAAGCAACGCGUGGACGACCUAGGCGUUCCCGUCCGCUUCCUGUCCCGAAAAAAUGUCACGGAGGCUGAGCCGAAUGUGAUUGCACAUACGGUGCUGGAGAGUCCAACGACGGGGAUAGUGGAUUCACAUGCGUUGAUGGCGUGUUUGGAGGGCCUGAUAACCACCCACGGCGGCGACAUCGCGUACCGCACAUUAGUCGCCUCAAUCACACCCUCUUCAAAGGGCGGCUACCUAAUCCGCACCUCCGACCCAACACCCUUCCUCGUUCACGCCCGUCACGUCAUCAACGCCGCAGGACUCUACGCCGACGACAUCGCAUCCACGCUCCUCCCUGCUUCCCAAGUACCCAAGAUCUACCCCUGCAAGGGGACAUACUACACCUUUGCGCGGAAUCCUCAACCCGUUAAACGACUGGUGUAUCCCGUCCCUGAGAAGAACCUGAAAGGUCUGGGCGUGCAUGCCACUGUGGAUAUGGCGGGACAGGUUAAGUUUGGUCCCAAUGCGGUUUAUGUCGGCUGUAAAGAUGAUGUAACGGCCGUAGAAGAUAAUGAGUUACGAGAAUCGUUCGCGUUCGCUAUUGGGAAGUAUCUCAGAGGUGUGACAAAGGAGGAUCUGAGGGUGGAUUACGCGGGCGUUAGACCGAAACUCUCAUCCCCCACCGACCCCUUCCACGACUUCCACAUCGAAUCGCCUCUAUCCUUCCGGGGGUUCGUCAACCUGAUGGGCAUCGAAUCGCCCGGACUGACAGCAUCGUUGGCUAUAGCUGAACGAGUAGAGGGGAUGUUGGGGUACCGUGAUGCGAGGAAUUUGUGAGAACAGUCACUAGGGCCUUGUGAGCGUUUGAGGGGUUUUUGGAUUUCUCGUCAUAGGCGUAUUUGUGUUGGUAGCUUGAGUGACGGAGAGACUUGAGGUAGCAGUAGGAUCCAAGUGGAUUCCGGCCAGUGUUUGCGUCCGAAAGAGUGACGUCGGGUUGGGUUCCCCCAUUCAUCGUGGCCGCAUCGCCACCCUGUAUAUGUAGAAGAGGCAAGAGGUAGAAAAGACAAAAAAAGGGUUUCAGUUGAAAGAAAUGAAGGUCUGGUUUGAGGAUUCCACAGAGUGGGCUUCUCAGAAAGUGCGCAGGACGCAGCUCAUCACCUUCGAGCAGGACACGGCUCUCGAAGGCUGCACUGCUCUUUUCAGCCUACGCUGUCUAUUCCGGCCUAAAACGAGGAGCGCAGGACGCUAGAACGCAGCUCUCGAAGGCUGCUCCUCGUUCACU